AUGGCGCUCUUCUGGAUUCCACCAAUGGAACCACUAAGCAUAUUUACAGUAGAUGACUACCUGAAUCGGCCGAUCUUAGCCCGAGACAAGAGAAUCCAACAUCAGAACAGAAGUGUCAGCCGAUUCGACCCCGAAGAAAGAGAACGUCUACAACAUCAAGAACAACCUGACAUCUACCAGAUAAAGGCUCACUUCAAAUUGGCGCCCAACGUAUGA